AUGGCAGCCACGGCGGGAUUGCAAUUCGUUGGGCGGCUCUCUAUUGCAAUUGUGCCUCGGCAUGCACCUCCGCUCAGCUCAGGAACCUCGCGGGUUUUGGCCGCUGCAGGAUUGGCCAAGAGGGCUGCAUCUUGGUGUUUCGCUCCCCGCUCCCCCUCGGUUUUAAAAUCCCAACUAAAUUUGCUCUACCUUAUUGGACUGGCGUGGUGGACCGGUGCCAUGGAUCUUUCCCCUCCCGAGACAUUGGCACUGUCUCCUCAUCUCUCAUCCUCGCAUCCAUCCUCCCCGUCAUCAGCACCGACACACGCGUACACCAUUGCACUCCUACUGGCCACCACUUCACGACGUCUCUGCGUGCGGGAUUCUUCAUUCUGUCUGGACAACGUCUCGCCGAGCGAGACCUCUCUCUCUGCCGUGCACCAUAACACGCACUUCGACCGUACUGGGCCGUACCCGGGCAUUUAUCUCGCCUCUCGACAUCAUUCCACCUCGUAUCAAGUGGUCUUGUACCACGCCAUCGACACUGACCACCGCCGCACCACUCACGAGCGCUUGUCGGUUGAUACUGCACAGCCCCGUCAAUCGAGGCAAGAGGAGCAGAAGCGUCCUGCUGCUUUGGCAAGCGCCAUGUCUGCCGUUGCCACUCGUCGCGCUUCCUUGACUCCAUCCUCGCCAGCAUCGCGUCGAGGGUCCUGGGUCGACGUCCCUAUUGUCAGUGCGCCCUCCUCACGUCGCGGCUCGCGUGUCGACCUGACCAUCAACACCACCGGUUCAACCAGCCUCGCCUCGCCUGAACCGCUUUCAGCGUCCAGCCAGACCAAACUGUCUAUUCAUCAGCUUCUUGGCAGUCUCUCGCACGUCUCGGACUCCCAGUCGCGAAUGUCGUCGCCCGGAAAUUCGCGCUCGCCCAUGACAAGCGAGUCGCACACGGGCAAGCGCAAGUUCGACGCCGAUGCCGACUCGUCGAGCCCCUUCCCCGCCUCUUCGGCCGCCGAGAUCCAAUUGCCCUCCGACCCUCUUCGCCGCGCGAGCAUCAUCAACCUUGCCACCGCGGCUGCCGCCGCUGUCCUACAAUGUCAGGUAGGGCGCCACAUGUCGACGCUUCCGGAGCAGGACCAGAAGCGUCAGCGCGUCGAGCAGCUCGAGAUGCUCAUUGAGCAAGCACGCAAGGCAAGCGACCGCACCAAAAGCAUGGACAGCAACGGACAGGCCGAGAACGCAUCCCACAACGUUGCCAUUGCCAAUGCCCUCGCCAACCAUCUCGGUCUCACACCUCAGCCAUCGGCACCCUCGACCCCAGCCGCUGGCACACCAGUUCCUUCUUCUCCGACCAAGGCGCCCGCCUCAGCUCUGGCCGCGCCCCCAACACCAACAGCGCCCAAGAGCCCCUUAUCUGCCGAGCCGGUCACUGCCGAACGCCUCGCUGCCGAUGCCGAGGAAGAGAAGGAGUCUGGCGCAGCUGCUCCUGUCCAAGAAACUCGCAGCGAUAAGACCGAGAGCAAGGACGCGCAACGGACUACUGUGACAGCGCCGAAGAGUGCCACUCCGACUAUCGUACUCAACAAGGGUCAUGCCGACGAGCCAUCCUUACUCGACAAGCUGCCUGCCGAGCACCAGCGCGAGUGGCAAUCGACAGUGUCGAGCGACAAGUUCUUGGACGAGGCCAAAGAAGUCGCCACCACGUACAGCCGCUUCUAUCGCUUCGAGAAAGAAUGGGCGCAGAAGGCGCUCGAAUUGGAACGUCGCCGAAGCUCGGUACGCAUCGACCCGCUCUCGCGCCUGCCACCCGGCAACGCGCCGCUUUCCACCAAUGCUCCGAACAGCGGGCCCACCUCGCCAACGCAGCACUCAGCGCCCGAGUCGCGCAUCAUGUCGCGGGGGGCCUCGCCAUUUGGCGAUAUCUCGGCAGACUCUGCCGCUCGAACGUCGCACAGCGUGCCGAGCGGUUCAUUUUCGUCGUCGCACCGCGGCUCGUCGAGUGGCCUCGCCAACGUGCUGUCCAACUUUGCCGAGCUGAUCGAGCAUCGGCAACGCUCGUGCUCGGGACUGGAGGCGCUAGCCAAACAGGCCAAGGAGCUGCCCGUCAAGCGACUCAGCCAGCCCAACCCGCAGUUCCGCACGACGUUUGGCGAAUUCUCGUGGUCCAAAGGCUCGCAAGGCGGCGUCAAGGCUGGCUCGCAGACCAUCAAUGAAGCCGACGCGGACUCGGAUGCGUCUUCACCCGCGCAAGACGACGGCCCCGCUGGCAGCGAACAGGCAGCUGCGCAAUCGAUCAAGGCUGAGCCCAGCCCAGCGCGCUUGCAAGUCAAGUCGGAAAGGAAGAUCAAGGAAGAGGCGGCGGAACCCGAGGCCGACGGCCCCGCCACGCCGCGCUCGACCAUGAGCAUCGCCAGCAUGCUUUGA